GCUGUUGACAUGUUAUUAUAAAUCUAUGAUUUGGAAAAGAAGGAUGGGUAGGUAAGUUCCUCACACAAAUGGGGAAUAAGGACUCGACUGAGAGAAAACACGAAUUGCAUACAGGCGACACUAGUAAGGAUUCUAAGGAGCAGCAUGUCUCGCUGGCCAGUGAAACAUUCAAGGCACUGGAAGCAAGAUCUACCAGUGAUGGAAAUACAGCGACUGGGCAUGUGUCACGGAAUGUGUUUCAGGAGUUCUUCAGCCAUCCUUCGCACGCCGACUUCGGUAGGUUGCUGUUUGACAGCUUUCAGCGAUCACAGGGGGCGCUGUCGUCAGACGUGAUGUCGCGAAACACAUACGAGGUGGCAGCGAAUCGUGCGAGAGAGCUGAUGACCUUCCACAACUAUUACUUCACACUGUUCGCCGAUGGCAAGGAGACACUCGGCAUUGUGGAGCUCUCGGCCAUGUUGGAGGCUUGCUUUGUAAUCACAAUCUUUAAAGUGGAUCGGGUUACGGAGGAAGAGCAGAAUGUGAUUGCUUCACUCGUGAAGUCUGCCAUGGGGACGUCUUCUGGCAUUGGCAUAUCGGAAUUCGAUGGCUGGGCCAGCGAAUGUUGCCUGCGGUUGUUUGAUGGUGUGCACGCGUGGUUGCUGCGUAGACUCAUGGAUGCGACGUGGAACGGACUGGCAGAAAUUCAGUUGGAGAGCCGAUCGAGUCAUCUGAUAAAUGCAGCUAUGCUGUGGCUGUGUUCCACAUUCCUCCCAUCCUGCUUUUGUAAUGGGCAGGUGCCAGGUGGCGCCACGCUACAUCAUGUGGCGCUACCGAGUCUUCCAGAGUGGACUCUUCUAUACGACAGCAGUGAUCAAGGACUGAGCUUGAACAGGUUUGAACAUAACUGUUUCAAGUAUCAAAGCCCCACUGUGAUGCUUGUGUCUCUGUCAGACGACUUUAGCUUCUGUGUUGCAACGGAUGAGGAAUGGAGGGAGAGUGUGCAGCGGUGGGGCAGCAUCAAUACGAUAGUCACACAGAUCUCACCCAAGCUCAGACACUUCGAAGGUGGCGCUUCGACACUGUACCUGAAUCAGAAGACGAGAGGGCUUCCGCUAGGGAUUCAGAUAGGGAGCAAUCCAAAGCUUCCGAUCCUCUCUAUAGAUAAGGGCAUGGCCACCGCUACUCACGCACAUGUCGCUAGAACUCUCUAUCGCAUCGAGGUGUGGGGAUGUGGCACGGAGGCAGAUAAAUCUGCACAGACGACGCACAGACAGUGGGAAGCACAGCAAGCCCAGAAGGAGAGAAAGGUGAAGUUGCCGGGACACUGGGACGAGGACAACCCAGACAUGGCCUUGUUGGAGAUGGCAGGAGUUAAGGUGCAUCACUCGGAGCGAGGCGACGUGCGUGCCGCACCGCGCGGCGCCCCCUAGUGGACGCCGGAGUUAAGGUGCAUCACUCGGAGCGAGGCGUCGUAUGCGCUGCAGCGCCCCCUAGUGGAUUCCGGCGCUCAGGUGCAUCCCUCGGAGCUAGGCGACGUGCGCACUGGACAACGCGGCGCCCCCUAGUGUAUGCCAGGACGGUGCAUCUACGUUUACUCACAGCAACGAGGGUUACCACUUUCAGGUAGGUCACUCAUAGGUGGCGCCACUCGGCUGUUAUAGCUGUUAACCCCUAUAGAGGGUUCCGCGAAUUUUCAAAUUACCCACAAUGCAAUGCCGCCGGCCAUAACGGUUUCAGAAACCAGUUCAGGCAUGGUACAAGUGCAUUGAGCAACGCACCUCUGCUCAUUUUAUUCCCCUAUUAAGCAAAU